CGCUCCAGGGAGCCCGGAAUCCGCUCCAGGGAGCCCGGAAUCCUCUCCAGAGAGCCCAGAAUCCUCUCCAGAGAGCUGGGAGCGGCUGCGUGGAGAUGAUCCUUGAACUCCCCGAGCCAGCGGGAUGUGUGCACAGAGCGAGUCUUGGGGGCUGAGACACGGAGGACGAUGCUGAGAAGUGGAAUGGCCAAGCCUGGCCAGACAGGGUGGAGAACAAGAGCCCGGCAGCUCCGACGCUCCCUGCGUGCUCUUGAACCAGGGGGCCUUCCUGGGCCUCUAUUUCCUUGUCUGGAUGCCGAGGCCAGAGGGGAGAAUUGGGCAGUCGGAGCGCCAAAGGAGGUGCCGGAGGAGGUGCGGCUGGAAGGCUGGGGUCGCCGCUGAGCGAGGCAGGCGAGAACGGGAGGCUUCGGGGGUUUCUUGGUUCUGCUCCUCUUUCCUCUCUGGUCGGAGCCCGGGGGAGAGGCGGACGUCCCCGGCCUUUCAGGAGGCCACAGGACCGGGAGCCGCCGCUGCCCGCUGGGCUUCGGUGGCUUCUGAACCAAAGUCCUUCACGUUCCCAGCAACUUGGUGUCAGUCGGUCCACAGAUGUUUAUGAAGCACCUACUGUGUGCCGGGCACCGUCCUCAGCCCUGGAAUUCGAGCAAAGGGAGGAGCAAAGUCUGCCCUCAGAGAGCUUCCACAAGGCAGACAACCUGCCCGCCACCGAGCAUGUGCAGAGUAUAUAAAGUGGCUACAAUCCCAGAAGGGUGGAAGCCCCGCAGCUUGGGAGGGAAAUAGGAGGCCCUGAGGGUGUCCUCGAUGCACCUUCAGAUGUGGGGGAGGUAGAUGGCAGUAGAGCCCGGGGGGCAGUGCCAGGGGCCCUCGGCAGCGCCGUGCGGUGCUUCCUCGAGUCUGGCUGCCUUCUCGGGACGCGGACUUGGGAGCUCCCUCAGCUCGAGGGCAUCUUCCCAGGCCUGGCUGUCUCCCCUCCUCACUCCGCUCAGCUCCGACGCCUCCUCCUUGCCUUGCCUUUGUUGUGCCCAUCUCACGUGUCCUCGUGUGCCCCAGUUGUCCCUGGUUGUCAUCAGCUCCCCCACGUCGGGGACUUGCCUUUUUGUCUCCCCUGCACCUAGCUCCGUGCCUGGCACAUGGGGGUGAUUAAUAAGGCUUUCCUUGGUGUAGAGGAUCCCCAGCAAAGAAUGCCACGGGGCAGCAAGGGAUAACUAAAGCCUGGAGUGGAGACGGAGGAGGUCAGCACAGGCACUAGAGGCAAAGGGAACAACAGUGGUAGACUUACAUAUGGGGAAACUGAGGUCCAGAAAGGGGAUCGUCUUGCAAAGAAUGUGGACCCAAGUUGUAAUCAGAUCCAUGGAGGCCACACAGCCAGUUAGCCACUGAGCCUAAGGCUCCUGCUUUGUUCUUUCUUUACCCCCCCACCUCGACAGGCUUCCUGGUGGUGAUGGCACUUAGGCUGGGUCAGAAUGGGUAGGAGAGGAGGGAGUCGCCCUGGCACCAGUUUAGUUUCUCCUUCUGCUUUCUGGGCUGUGUUGAGUAGAGUAAGGUUGAAGACACUUGACCCUUCCUCCAGCUCAUUUCCUUUUCUCCCCUUUCACUGGAUCUCCCUUCCCCACUGAAUCAGAGUCCGAGAGCUAGAAGAACUCUCCAACCAUAUGGCCCCACCAGUACUCGAAAGGGUCUUCAUCUUAACAUACGCCACGAAUGGUCUUCCAUUGGUCCCAACCCAAUCUUGCCAACGUGUCCCACCGGUCUUCCCGCCAUCUUUAAUUUUCAAUCUCCCCCUGGUUAGUCUCUUCUCCCUGUGGCCAGUGAACAAGUCCCCGUCAUCCUCAGACCCUUUCACCUGGCCCCACCAUUCCCUCAAGCUCAAUGAUUUGUUGUCUCUUCCUCCCUUCCUCAGCUAUUUGUACCCUUUGCCAUCUUUGCCUCCGCUUGCAUUUGCUUCUCAAGCCCCAGAAAUCUGGAUUGAGAUCGUUUCUCACUUGAAACUCCUCUCUGAACAGUGGCAAAUUAUCUUUUUUUUUUUUUAGGUAGACAGAUUAAGUAACUUGCCCAGGGUCACAUAGCUCCUAAGUGUUUGAGGCUGGAUUUGAACUCAGGGCCUCCUGACUCCAGACCUGGCUCUCCAUCCCUGAGCCAUUUAACCGCCUCCCAUUUUUACCAGUGAUUUCUUAUCAACAAAUCGAAGGGUCUUUUCUUAGCCCUCAUCCUUCCUGUCUACUCUAGCAUUGAACACGGUUGACUCCCGUGUUCCACUUCCUCCAAACUUGAGGGUCUUCCUGUCGCUCCCUUCCUCCAGAGGAUAAAGGCUGGGUGGUCCUGGGUGCACUCCAUCCCCAGCCUGCGGGCAAACGAGGCCAGAGCUUCUCGGUGCGGUGCAGAGGCGAUGAUGGAGAGCCUCUCAGACACCUCCUAAUGAAGAGGAUCAGAGGAGCCCAUUGGCCUCGUGGCUUCAUUUCCCAGCCCGAGUUGUGCAUUAACUCCCUGCGCCUUUGAUCCGCUGCCAGUGGCCAGAGAGAAGCCAAGCCGCUGGAGGCAGCUGAGACCUGGUCGUCGUGCCCCCUCGUCGGGGAUGGGCUGCGGGUACUCAUGGAUGAACAGGUGAGCACAGGGCAGGAGCCCCGGCGAGAUCAAAGGCAAUCCACAGCCCUGGGGGCGUCCUGGGGAAGGAUACGUCAGUGGAGAGCCCUCUGAAGUGGGCCGCGUGAUCAAGGGAGCCCAGCGGAAGGCUGACCACCGCCUUCCUCUGAGACCACAAGGGUGCCGGAAGAGCUCAGCUCUGGCCAACAGCUGGAGAAAUUGGCCAAAGGUUCGGAGCGAGAACUCGGGAGUUCUAGACUGAGACUGACUGACCGAGGGAGCCAAGCAGGAGGCCACCGAUCCGGGGGCUUCCGGAGCUCCACAAAGUUGUAUGUCAGAAAUAAAUCCGAGUUUAAAAUGAUUUACUGUAGGCAGUUUGGCAGCAGAGUGGACAGAGAACCAGGCCUGGAGUUGGGAGGCUCUGACUGCAGAUAUUUCCUAGCUGGGUGACCCUGGGCAAGUCACUUAACCCCCAGUGCCUAGCCUUUACCACUCUUCUGCCUUGGAGCCAAUACACAAUUGACUCCCAAGAUGGAAGGUGGGGGUCAAAAUAAAUAAAUAAACAAAUAAAUAAACAAACAAACAAGUAAGUAAAUGAAACCAAAACUCCAAAUCUUAUAGCUGUGUAAACACGCGACGAGUCCUCCGUUUUCCUUUUGCAUUUCUGCUCCCACGGUUCUUUCUUGGAAAUCCUUCAGGACUAUCCUUCCCGGAUUAUUGCAUUGCCACUGGUAGUAAAGUCCAUUCCAUUGGCUAGUUCCACAGUGUUUCACUUUCUGUGUCCGAUGUUCCCUGGCGACCCCGUGUGUUCUGGUUCUAGAACUAGUAUUCUCCUAAGUCCAGAAUAGAAAAAAGAGCCUAAUGCAGCGCAGACUCGGGGCUGACUCUCUUGGAUUAUUCCGAGGAUGAUGGGGUCCCCCGAGUGGCUGCUCCUUCUGUCGGCUUUCUAGGAGGAACCCGAGCUUACAGGAGGGGAGAUGUUUCCUAAUACUGUCGUUUAUGGGCCUCUACAGGAGGCUCCCAGUUUCCUUUCAUCAGCUAACAUCUCCCCAGUAUCCACCAGCCAGUUAACAUCAGUUUUACAAAAGGCUGCGUCCUGAGGAGGACCAAGUACCGUGACUUCCCCUCUGAACCCACGGCCGCACUCUCCCGUCUAGCACCCAUUUGGCCUCUGGGAAGAGGAGACUCGGCGUGGUUGUGGCUGCCAGGCGUAGCCACUGGAAGGUGGUGGUCCUGGGAGUCCUCUUCUCCCUUUGGCAGUCACCCCCAGCUCACUUCUAGGGGAGACAAGUGGGCAUCAUUGCCAGCAUGGCUCAGACAGGUGGGUCUCUAUUGGACCUGGACGCUGUAGCCACCAUGUCCGGAGCGCCAAUUGUCAUCGUGCCUCGCUUGACGUUGGUGGAUCCCAAGUACCCCUGAUUGGCUGGACCCUCUCGUUUAGCAAUACCCCUUCACCUAAGAUCAGGAAGAAAGACACCCCCAAAGAGGAGAUCCACGAAGUCGUGGACAAAUGGUGGCAAGAUUCCCCAGCGUGGCAGCUCCACGUCACCUGGGAAAAGAGCAAGGAAGCUCCUGCUGGGGAAGGGAGCAGAGCUGACCCGCUCAGACCUUUUGUAGGUGCUCACUUCUGCCCGAGCUGCCAAGGAAGAGGCUUUUCGUCGUCACCCAUUACGCCAACAGGAGAGCUGCUCAAGGUGGGAAGGGAAGCGGGGCCCGGAAGCAAGCACACCGAGCCACCCCGUGGGCUAGCACCAAGCAUCGUGACCCCAUCCUUCCAGGAUCGUAAAAAAAUUAGAUUAAGUUAAUUAAAUUAAAAGCCUAAAAACGUUAAUACUCCAAAAGACAAUAGAGAGCUAGGUCAGUUGUAAUGUUUCGCAUACCUUCGCACUCGUGGCCAAAACCACACGUGUUCAUUUAUAUCUUCCGUGGAGCCGUGGACAUGGCCAUUGCCCCCAAGGCACCCCUUGCCUGCUCUCCCUCUCCUCCCACAGAAUAUAGGCUUGGUCAAGGCAAGGGCUGCCUUUCCUUAGCUUUGGAUCUCACUACCUAGGACAGCUCCUACAGCAUGGCGGGCACUUAUUAAUAUUGGUGAGAUUGUGAGAGAUGGAUUUGAGGCAGUCCAAUCUAACCUCCUCGUCAGUGGCAGAGCUGGGACCUGAACCCAAGUCCACUGGGCCCGGAAUCAGGAAGACCCAAGUAGGAAUCCAACCUCACCUGGGCCAAUCACUUCAUCACUGCCUGACUCAGUUUCCUCAACUUUAAAAUGGGGAUAAUAAUGGCUUAUUGUGAAGCUCAAGAAGCACUUGGGUCUCCUGGAGCUGCAAAACCCUGUUCUGAGUGUCUCCAACUUUCUUUGGGGACCAGCUUGGCCGAAGCCAGGAGCCAGCGCCACGGAAGGAGCACUUCAUUUGGUGCCAAGAGUCUGAGGUUCAAAUUCUGACUGCAGCUAGCUAGUGACUCUGUAACUUUGGGCAGGUCACUCCCCAUCCCUGGGUUUCAGGUCCUUCUGGAAGGUGAUGGGCUUGGUUGGGGACAGACAAGGUGAUGGAGGACCUCUGGAUGGCUCAGGGUACAGUGAGAAGCGUUCCAGGCCAGGAGUCAAGAAGACCCCAGUUUUGUUUCAUCCGUAAAGUGAAGGGGUUAGACUUGAUGGCCUCUGAGGUCCAGCUAAUAAUAAGGCUGUUUUAAAUCACAGAAUUUUCCAGUCCAUCUUCACAGCAGACCCAACAGGGCAGGCUGGGCAACAUUUUUUAAAAGGCCUCCCCUUCCCUCUUAGAAUCAAUACUGUGUAUUGGCUCCAAGGCAGAAGAGUGGCAAGGGCUGGGAAAUGGGGGUUAAGUGACUUGCCCAGGGUCACCCAGCUGGGAAGUGUCCGAGGCCAGAUUUGAACCUAGAACCUCCCAUCUCUAGGCCUGGCUCUCUCCCUGAGCAAAUAUUUUAAUGCUCAUUUUCCAGGAGUUCGAUAGUGCCAUAGUGCACAGAGCACUGGACCUGGAGGCAGGAAGACCCCUCUUCCGGAGUUCAAAUCUGGCUUCAGACACUUCCUAGCUGGGUGACCCUGGGCAAGUCACUUACCUUCUGUCUGCCUCAGUGUCCUCAUAUGUAAAAUAGUGCUCUAGCUAGCUCUUCUCUCCCAUUGUUGUGAGGAUCAGAUGCGAUCAUGUAAAGUGCUCAUUAGCCCCAUGCCCAGCACACAGGAAGCCUUAUUCGUUUUGGCUGUCCCUCACAGCUCCGAUGUUUGGUGGUUUCUGAUUCUGUGAGAGUGGAAGGAUUCAUCCCAAAGCCUCCACCCAGGGAAAAGGCCAACAAACCUUUAGAGGGAAGCUACCAAGUGCUCCGAGGGAGAACCCCAGGCCUUUCAGGAAUCAUCCAAGGGGACAGCUAGGGGGUCCUGGGUUCCAGUCUAGCCUCAACACCUCCCAGCUGGGUGACCCUGGGCAAGUCACUUCACCCCCAGUGUCUAGCCUUUACCGCUCUUCUGCCCUGGAACCCCGAUACACAGUAUUGAUUCUAAGAUGGAAGGGAAGGAGUUAAUUUUGUUUUUAAAAGGUCCUCAGUAAGUCCCCCUCCUCCAGCUUCUUCUCCCAGCUUUCAUGGAUUUUCUGAGUCUCUCUCUCCCCUCCUGCCACCCCAUGCAGUCUCCUCUGCGGGUCCAUUAUAAAGGAAACCCUCUGUUUGGCCCCCAGAGCCCGCCAUCGCCGGCUCUGCUCCCGUCCAGUCCACGGCGCUCCCCCAUCUCCCAGCCCGAGCCCAGAACGCUCUCCCUCCUCAUUGAUCUGCGUCUCCUGGCUUCCUCACCAUUGGCACUAAAGUCCACAAGAAAGCCCCAGACUGGCCUGGAGAACCAUCUGCGAUCUAGAGCCGUGUCCCAUCUGGAUUGACCACAGCUCGUUUUAUUCAGUUAUUCCCCACCAAUUUUCUUCUGGUGUGUGUGUGUGUGGGGGGGUGCAGGGCCCACUUGGGGCCACAUUUCUGACCACCUUGUUCUAAGAGCGGCCUUCCUCAUUCCCCCUCGUUCUCAGGCCUUGUGACUUAAUUAUUUCCAAUCCAUCUUGCUUUGACAUGCUUGCUUGCCCAUUAGAAGGGGAGCUCCUUGAGGGCAGGAGAUGGCUCCUCUGGUGUUUGUCUGUUUUCCCCUUUUAAACCCUUACCUACUGUCUGAAGAAGGACUCUAAGAAGGGCAAGGGCUGGGCAAUGGGGGUUAAGUGACUUGCCCAGGGUCAUAUAGCUAGGAAGUGGCUGAGGCCACAUUUGAACCCAAGACCUCCCUUCUCCAGGCCUGUCUCUAUUCUUUGUGCUCCCUCCCUGCCCCCCAUGUUUAGCACUGCACCUGGCGGACAGAAGGUAAGUGACUUGUCCAGGGUCACCCAGCUAGGAAGUUUAUUGCCAUGAUGUGUGGAUGACAGAUGAACCCAGAGGCUAAGUACAGCCUAACUUUUUUUUUAAGCCCUUACCUUCCAUCUUGGAGUCAAUACUGUGUAUUGGCUCCAAGGCAGAAGAGUGGGGACUGGGCGAUGGAAGUUAAGUGACUUGCCCAGGGUCACACAGAUAGGGAGUGUAUGGGGUCAGAUUUGAGCCCAGGACCUCCCGUCUCUGGGCCUGGCUCUCAAUCUGCUGAGCUACCCAGCUGCCCCCGAGUACAGCCCAAUCUCAUGGGGACAUUUUCUUCUUUGCACCUUGCUAUUUACUCUCAGCAGAGACAUGGAGGUUAAUCCCUCCUAACAGAUAAAGGAGCUGGCAAAGCCUUAUCAAGGGGAGAGCCACAUACUGUUCUGGGGAGACAUUCGGAAUCCCAGAUGAGACCUUAGACUUGUCGUCAAGUUGCAGCUGCUGGAGUUCUCAGUCAGAUCCCAAAGUCCAGAUUAUUCCUGUCCCAGGCUUUUCCUUUCCAGGAUUCUCAGAAAAUCAGGGAUCUGGAGAAGCUAGACAGCUCAGUUAUUGAAGAGCCAGGCCUGGAGACAGGAGGUCCUGGGUUCAAAUGUGGCCCUAGACACUUAUUUGCUGGGUGACCGUGGGCAAGUCACUUAACCUCCAUUGUCCAGCCCUCAUCACUCGUCUGCCUUGGAACCAAUAUUUAGUAUCCAUUCUAGACAGAAGAUAAGCCUUUUUUUUAAAAAAUGGAAGAAAUCAUGGCUCUACAGCUGGAAGGGACCUCAAAUGCCAUCAAAUCCAACCUCAUUUCAUAGAGGAGGAAAUCGAGGCACCAAGAGAUCAGUUUCCCAAGAUCCCAUGGGCAGUCAUAGGAUCUUCAGUCUAGAGCCAGAAGGGUUUGACCUGGUUUGUGACCGGAAGCAUGAAAAGGAGACCUCCCAGUCUGUGUAUAUGACUGGCCUUCUAGCUGGGGCUGCCAUCUUUGGACCUCUCUGUGACAAGAUUGGCCGCAGACCCACCAUCCUCAUCUUGCUGCUUCUUCAUGCUGUGUUUGGCAUUGGGACAGCCUUUGUCCCAGACUUCUAUCUCUACAUGGCUCUCCGGUUCGCCGUGGCCAUGGCAGUGGCUGGCUAUGCCAUCAGCAAUGUCACCUUGACCACAGAGUGGGUCAGCGCCUCCAAACGGACCCAGGCUGUGGUCAUCUCCCAGUGCUCCUUCUCACUGGGGCAGAUGGCGCUGGCCGGCCUGGCCUAUGGGAUUCGCCACUGGAGGCUCUUCCAGAUUGUGGGCACCUCCCCCAUCUUACUGCUGUUCUUCUAUUGGUGGGUGCUGCCCGAAUCUGCAAGGUGGCUUCUGACCCAGGACAGAGUGGAGGAGGCCAAAGAACUGAUCCAGAAGGCGGCAGCGAUGAACAAGUGCAGUGUGUCUCCUGAGACCCUCAGCCAGCUGGCUCCAGAGAAGACGGCACCCAAAGGAAACGUUCUGGACCUGCUCCGGCACCCUCAGCUCCGGAAGGUGACGCUCAUUCUGUUCUGCGUCUGGUUCGCCGACAGCCUUGGCUACUACGGCCUGGGCCUCAACGUGGGAGGCUUUGGCCUGGACAUCUACUUAACGCAGCUGAUUUUCGGGUUGGUGGAGGUGCCUGCCCGUUUGUCCACCAGCUUCAUGAUGGAAAAGUUUGGCAGGAAGAAGAGCCAGAUGGGGAUGCUGAUCGCAGGCGGCGUCAUGUCCCUCAUUAUCAUCUUCAUCCCCUCAAAUUAUCCCACCAUCAGCACAGUACUGGCUGUGGUUGGGAAGUUCGCCACAUCCGCAGGGUUCACCAUCUCCUAUGUGUACUCCGCAGAGCUCUUCCCCACUGUCAUCAGGCAGACAGGAAUGGGCAUGGUGGCCAUCUUCUCCCGGAUCGCCGGCAUCCUCACACCUCUGGUGAGCCUCCUGGGGGAGCACCACCCUGCCAUCCCUUUGGCCAUCUAUGGGACCUUACCAGCCCUGGUCGGGAUCCUCUGUAUAAUGCUUCCUGAAACCAAAGGAAAGACCUUACAAGACAACAUAGAUGACCCGAAGUCAAGGCCCCCCAGAGGGACCCAGAAUCCAGAGCCUCACCCUACUGAAAAAGGAGUGGCGCCAGCCCAGGAGAACACAAGUGUGGACUAUCCUCGCAGCACCUACUGCUGAGGAGCCAGGGGCCCAGUGGCAGGCAGAAAUGCCACUGUCUUCCAUUGUAAGGGCCCUGUGGGGCCAGACACUUGGGCUCUUCUCACUCCAGACCUGACCUCAAUGGAAGGGACAUCACUCCAAGCCUGGCUUCCUCAGCCUCCUGCAGCCCAAGGACUCCUGGCCAUCUCUCCCCUGGGACACCAGAGUGACAAUCCAAUGCAUCUCUUAGCAGCUCCUUCUAGCUAUUCCCCUCGAAGACCCUUUAUCUCCAACCCCCUGGUCUUUGCCUUGACAGUCCUCCAUGUACUCCUCUCCUUCUCUUGGAGGCCCCAGUUUUCUCCCACAUAAAGCUCAGAGCAGGAAUCAAGGCAGGCACUUUUCUAUUUCCCAGCUUUCCGUGUUAUGCCCCUGCCCCCAAUAAAAUGGAAACUCCUUGAGGACAGACUUUUGCUUUUGUACCACCACCUCCUAGUACAGGGACUUGAACAUGGUAAAUGCUUACAAAAUUUGGUUGGAUUUCAUUUCCUAUUACUAGAAGUUAUUGGGUAACAAGGCAGAGCUUUCCUGAAGUCACUGGCUCUGCCUGAGACAGGCAGGAACUCCUCUCCUAGGCUCAUCCAGCACGGAAUGUGCAUGGUAAAAGGGACUUGAAUGCUCCCCUAAUCAAAGCCUCUCAUUUCAUAGAAGAAGAAGCUGAAGCCCCAAGAGAGGAAAUGACUUGUCCCAGUCUAAGGAAAUUGAAUGAGAUCCAAUGUAAAGUGCACACUUGGGUUCAAAAAAUCAAUUUCACAGGCUCAAAAUGUGAGUGACAUGGCCAGACCAUAAUUCAUGAAAAAAUAUAUCCUAGGGAUUUGGGAAACGUGGAUGUGAAAUCCCCUACCCCCUUCCUUGAGGAUUAUUUUAGUAGUAUAUUAGUAUGUUUUGAUUUAAUCACCAACAGUGCAGCCUUGAACUUUAAACUUGUUUUUCUAGCAUCCUAGCAGAUGUUCCUGAUGCAAUCAAGAUGUAAUUCUGACAAAGUUAAACCAUGAUAGCAAAAGUUGAGAGUAGGGACUUUUCUACGCAUCCUUAUCCCUGGAAUAAUCCCCGGAAUAGAUAUCAGUUACCACCCUGGAUGACUUUUGGUGGCCUUUACAUUUGCGCCCCAGUGCAGAAUUAUGUCUUGCUUUGUCACCUGUGACACACUCUCUUUUCUUCUGAUUGGCUACUAUUUUGGCCCAACUGUUAAACAAUUAUUAUUUGUUUGGGAGAUGCUUUAGUUUUUACAUUCUGGUUUGAUAUUUUGUAUAACUUUUCAUUCGUUUCAUCUAAGAACCUGUCAAACUUUGUAUCAUUUUGGUAUUAAAGAAGGCCACUCACAAGGCUCAAAGUCUUUGGUCCUGACCAGAGUCCGGCUUUUUUGUGAGAUUGGCUCUCUCUUCAAUAAACCGAUUUCUCUUUUUGGCUUGGA